AUGCUCGAAGUGGCGUCCAAGAAGAACGUGCGAGCUGUGAUCCAGAAACUGCCGAUGAGCAAGGCCAACGAGGGCAUCAAGAUGGUGCGUGACGGCUCGGUGCGCUACCGUGUCGUGCUCGAGAACUAA